CUCCUUCGCACGUUUUUUCUUCUCCUUCAUCAAAGACGCCCAAAACGCGCUCUCUCUCUCUCUACUCUCUCAAAGCCACAGAUGGACUCUCUAUCUCUCGCUCGCUAAGCCCCAAAACUAAAACCCUAGAAUUGGAAUCGGCCACUUCUUGGAUUCUUAGCCGUUGGAAAGCCAGAAAAAGCGUUCCCCAAAGAUAUUUUUGCUUGUACUUAAUUAUGGGGAAGAGAAAGCGAAGUAAUGAUCGGACCAAGCACAACCUGACCCUCCGCGAUCCUCCUUCUGUCUCCGGUGCACAUUUUUAAAUUUUUUUCAAUGGUUUUGAGCUUCCAUUUUCGAUUCUGUUCGGAUUUCUGUGAAAAGAUGAGAAAUUGAAAGAUCAUUGUUUGAAAUGGAUGAAGAGGGAUUUGGGUGUUGUUGGAUUACUAGUUUUGGGGGUGAAUGACUGUGGAAAAAGUUGAAUUGGAUGGUUGGAUUGAUCCGUUUCUUUUGUUUGCUUCUGUUUUUGGUUUAUUGAGACAACAUGCCUUGCUCUUCUGGAAGUCAUUUUUUAUACAACGGGAAACCUGCACAUUUAGUCCAUUCUAGUGGACUGAAGCUGCCCUCACAUGGCACUGAUACUGCAGAUACCUCUGCAAAGCCACUGAACGUUCAUUCUUCUGUGUCUAAUCAUCAUUACAAUCUUGGCCGUUCAAUAUUCCUGAAACGUUCACGUCACCACUAUGGCCAUCAAUACUCUAGGCGUAACACAUCAACUUCACAUGGCAAGGUUUCCCCUUGUCGGGAUGAGAAGCUUUCCUUCAAGAUCAUUAAUCAAUGCAACCCUGAGUCAAGCUGCCAUGCAGAGAACAGGAAUAAAGCAUUUAGCAGGCAAGAGAGAAUUAGGCCCAGCUCCUUGGCAAUGGAUUCCAUCUCAUCAGAUAUGGUGAAGAUGGUAUGUGGGAUCUGUCAGAAGCUGCUGAGAAGAAAACCCUAUUUUCUCAGAGAUGGAAUGUCUUCUGGUGAAUACUCUGUUGUGGCAGUUUUAGUAUGUGGCCAUGUUUAUCAUGCCAACUGUUUGGAGGCAAGAACAGGCCCUGAAGACAGACGCGACCCCUCCUGCCCAUUGUGCUUGGGCUUAGCAUUCACGGAGGUUGAUGCCCCAAGAGGUGAGGAACUACACGUAUGGAAGUAGCCCCAACAGCCCAGAAAGUCAUGUAUAGAUAGUGGUUUUACAUAUAUGAUGCUAAUAAAAUAUAGAACAGAUAAGGACAUACUUAGAUGGAUAUCUAAGUUUGUUUAGGCUGGAGCAGAUGUUGAUGCAGCUUAGAAAUUUGAUUCAGCAUCCUACUAAUACUCCGGCUGUUCUGCUGUUUAGAGUGCGGGAGUCGGAGACUUGAUGUAUUCUGCUUAUACAUGUUCUUCCUACCCAUAUUGUAGAGAGCAUUGUACAGACUACAGAUGAGAGUUUGAGAUGUGUUUCAGAACACUUUUACUGGGGAUUUGAUAUUGGUUUCUGAAGUAUGCUCUAUUACUCUU